AUGGCCUUAAGUUACGACGAGGUGCUUGAAAGAGUUUACGGAACGGGUCUGUACCAAAUUGUUCUCACGAUCUGCUGUUCAAUGUGUUCCAUGAUGAUGUCCUACGAGUAUCAGUCAAUGAUCUUCCUGCACUAUACACCUUCCUUCAAUUGUUCGGAUUCGCGAAUGCAAGACUUUUUCAAUCUUAGAUGGAUUUCUUCCUCGACCUUCGUUGCUCUCUUUAAUGACCCAUCUGGUAUGGAGAGGAUGUCCGGAAUCGAAACUGUUGAAGAACAAUGCUGGGCCAUAGGACAACGUAAUAGCAGCACCCAUAUGGAAUUAUUUUCCUGCUCCGAGUGGCACUUUGAUCAGUCAGUGAUGCGUCGAACUUUGUCGACAGACUUCACUCUGAUUUGCGGCCGUAAACACCUGAUCAAGUGGUUGGCUAGUAGCAUGUUUUUCUUUAUCGCUGUAGGACACGCUAUCGCUCUCUUUACAGACAGAAUCAGUCGCAGGAAGCUGCUACUCUUCUACGUGGUUGCUGAGAUGAUAGUUACCAGCACAAUCCAAUUCGGUACCUAUUUUGAAGUUAUUUUUAUUCUGCGACUGUUGCGUAUGCUCACCAUGCCUCUUAAUUUCGUCGCUACUUGCAUUAUACAGGAGAUCUUACCUACACGAAAACGGGGCCUCUUCGGCACUCUUUACUGGAUACCCUACCUACUUGGGUAUGUAGGAUCUGCAGGAUUAGCCUACCUCACUCGGGACUGGUACUGGUUUCGAAUUUAUGCCUUACCUCUCAUGAUCUCCUAUCUCCCAGUUUUCUUCAUAAUGCCUGAGUCACUCCGGUGGCUAUCAGCUAAUGGCGAAUACAUGAAAUUUCGCAAUGUUCUUAGGAGAAUUGCACGCUGGAACCGAGUGAAACUGGCAGAAGAUUUUAUAGAGGAAGCGGUCACAUCAAUCAUCGGCUCCGAAACUCACAAAAAAGUCCCUCAUGACCAGACGGAUGUAGCAAAUGCUGGUGAUAAAACAGAAGUGGAUUCUUUGGCCAUCACAGAUGAGAUAAAAAACGUUUUCCGUUUGCCAAACAUGCGCAAAAAGACUUUCAUUUUGUGCAUCUACGUGGCGAGCAUGCAUCUUUCUUUCUAUGGUUUAACCACGAGCCAAAACUUUGCAAGUACAAAUAUUUUCUUGAACGUGCUUUGUAUGGGCCUAGGUGAGCUGCCCGCGCCGUUUAUUGGUUGGGCAGUGGCUCACUUCUUUUGCCGGCGGCUCUCGGUGGGUAUUCUUGCUGUGGUGAUAGCCUCGACUGUUGUAAUUGGUCCAGCGGUGCGGCCACUGUCAGAUGUUGCUUGCACCGUAAUUGUCUUUCUUGGGAAGGUGGCGACCUCCUCCACAGUAAGCUUGUCGCUCCUCAUGGUGACAGAAAUAAUGCCUACAACAAUACGUAACAUGGGCAUCUUUCUGACUCUGUCCUUCAGCUGUACUGUGUCCUGCCUUGCUCCCUUUAUCAACGCCACGGAUGCCAUCCAUUACUGCCUCCCUGGAGUCAUUUAUGGAAGCGUCAUAGUUUUGGGCGCGCUGCUGACGCUAAUUUUUAUACCGGAGACAAAACGAUGUCCACUGGCUCAGCGUCUGUAUCAGGCCGAGAAACUGAUUCAUGGAAAGGAGGAGGAAUGGAUUGAAUUUAUGCAAAAAGAAUAA